AAGCGCAUCGCGGUCGCGCAUAACGGGUCAGCACUCGAUCGCGAGAACACGUCCCUGUCGCGCUACGCUGCCGGCCGCGUGUGUUUGUGUCUCAUAGUUGCGUGUGUUGUGAAGUUGAAUAUAAAGUGAUCACUCUCGGAGCCACAGGUCCGGUGUUGAAACACAUCGUCAUUAGAUAUCACACACGCUUCACACAAGAUGAGGAGUGCGGAGUAGCAUGGGGCAGGCCGGCAGCCAGCCGGGCGCCGAGCUCGUCCGUCGUGUGCACACCCUCCCGCACGAGCCGCCGCGGCACGCGCCCAAGGUGCUUCCAUCACUGCCCGAGUCGCCACGACUGCGCACUACCGACAACGGCGCCAUCUUGCUCUCGGGAGGAACGCUCAGCGGCAGAAGACCCACCUCUGUAGGCCCCGGGCCUGACGUGACGAGAACCCCACAUGGUCAUGUACAUUCCAACGUGCUAAGAUCUCGUUCUGCUGGUAGUACUGGAGAGCUAGAGUUCCGGUCCAGAGAGAGAGAUCCUUUGCAUCGUUCUCAUACCAACUUCGAGAUUAGACUAAAUGGAAACAUAAAUAAGCGGUUUGGAUCAGAACCUGACUUGCGAAUAGAAGAAGAACAACAGAAAUCUAAAUGUAACGGCAAAAAUUUCCGCAAGAAAUACAGAGCACCGCAACCACCUGCAACAGAUUACCGUGAUGGUUCGUCACCAGAAUCCAUUGAUGCAAAUACAAGGUUAGAGCCCCAGAAAAAACUAAGGCUCUUUCGAACUCGAAAUGAAACGAAGAAGUUAAAUCCACCAAAACUAGAAACUAAAGCACGGUAUAGAAGCACUUAUACCGACUUUAAAUCUCUAGAUUUCACUGACCAAUCAUAUGAGAGGCGUUAUACGUCCCAAUGCAAAGAAGAUGACACUAAAAUGUCUAAUACUAAUGAUAUGGUCCAAACAACAACAUCACUUAAACGAGAGGAGCAACUACUUAUAGGAAGAACGGAAUAUAGAAAUAGAAUUGAUCGAAUGAGUGGAUGCAAAGCUAAAACAUCUAAACCAAAUGAUAAUAAUGAAGCUUGGAAAACACCUCUCCUUGAUAGAAAUUUUAGACACUCUGAGAGAUUUAGAAAAGAUUUAGUAGAUAUACCUUGUUUAAGAAGAGAAAAAACUUUUGACAAUACUUUAAACGUGAGUGAUAGAAGUGAAUCACCUAAACAUAUAAAUAAAAGUAAACCAAAAGUUAAAGGAGAGCAUUUAAUAUCAAAUAAGCUGUCUACAAUUGAGGAUACUAACAAGCCUUUGAGAAAAUCUCUUCCUUCGUUACUACAUAAAGGUAACGAAGAAAAGGAUGAAUUUCAAGCUGAGCUCAAAAAGGCAACGAGUAGGAUAAGAAACGAAUUAGGUCAUAGAAAUAAGUUUAAUAACAAAACUAGUCAGAACGAUAGUGUAAAAGGCGAUAAAAUCAACCCAACGAAACCUGCAAAAAAAGUCAUAGAAACUAGUCUCAAAACAAAUAAUAAACAAAAUUCUGUACUGCCAACUAAUGUAAGACGGCCCUUAAACCGUCCGACUGAAAUCAAAUCUAAAGUCACACAGCAAAGUAAGCAACCGAAAGAUGAUGGGAAACAAAAAAACAAUCAUAAAGAAAAUGUUAAAACUUUGCCGGAGAGAGGACAAGCAUCGGGAAAAGAAUCAACACCGGAACAUUCUCCCAUCCGAAGAAAAGAGCCUCUAGCAAAUCUAAAAGAAAAACAAAAAACACCAUCAAAACAAUUCUAUUUUGGCAUGAUAGAAAACAAACAAAAAGUACCACAGGAUCAUUUAAAAGAUUUUCCGGGUCUUGGCAGUCCUAUUAUUGAAGAGUUCACGAAUUUCCACCUUAUCGAAAAGAAACUAUUAGGAUACCAUGAAGAAGAUGAAAUAAAUAAAUUCAACGAGAUGUUAAAAGAGACUUGUAAAAGAAACUUAUCAUCAGAAUCUGCCUUAUCAUCGGAAGGAUCUGAAGGGGAGGGUUCUGACGGAUCGUUGGGUAUAGCCCUGCGGCUACGACCUACACUACCCAAGAAAAAAGUGAAUCCUUCAAAAUUUUCUCCAUCUGAGGCAUGGAAACAAUUAGCCAGCCUGGACGCGCGUCUUGCUCAAAUACAGCCUCUUGCCGUAGAAAUAAAAUUGUCUGGUGAUAUAUCGUCGGAAUCAUCUCCGCGCUCCGAACAGUCUGCAGUCAAGUCUGGCGACUCCGGUAUAUCUGGAGAUCACGGACACAGCGAUCACCGGAUUGACUCACCGGCGCGACAACAUGUACCCCCUAAUGCAGCCACAUGGACUCCUCAACAAGACCUCGGCGACAGUGGUUCCGAGGGUAAUCGAGCUGCAGUAACGUCUGACCACCCCACUUUAGCCACCUUUACACCAGGGCAACCGUUCAGCCUUUCAUUACCAAGAGACCAGCAAGAUAAAUUUAAAAGCAUGUUGUGCUUCUACGAUUGCUUCCAGGGCAAGCAGUUGCAGCAGGGGUUCAAUAGUCUCCAGAAGCUGAAGAAGUCUGUGUCGGGCGCGCUGGGGGCAGCCUUAGGAUCGAGAAGGUUUGAUCUGGAACACGACCCGAUGUUACACGAACCAGAGCAAAACUGGUUCUUGACCAAGUCGGCUCCCAACUCCUUGAGCAAUCCAAUGUUGUUCCAGCAAUUAAGAGCUAAAAAUGAUGGAGAUAUCAAAGAGGAGACGAAAGAAACAGAAAAGGAUACCCUGAGUCCAUGGCGAAACCAUUCAUCGGGUCUGUCGUGGGGGGGCCACGUGAUGUACCUGCCCCCCGCGCCGCCUGGUCUGGAGCAGCCGCUCUCCAUCCUCACUCCGCUGGACCGGCCUGUCAGGAGUAAGUCAAGCGGGUGUCUGGAGGUGGCAGCGCGCGCGGCACGAGCGGCAGCCCUAGCGGGAGAGAUGCGCGAGCGAGAACGAUCAGCGUCGCCCGAGGGCCGCGUCGCCAGGGCUGUGCCCGCUAGGGUUGAACCUGUCACUAAGAUCAGUCAGGGCAAAAACAAGCGGUUCACGUUCCAGUCGACCGUCCGACAACUGGAGAGACGAAGACUUGCUGAGAAACUGUCCAAGGAGGCUGACCUGAAAGAGCAGCAGAGGAAAACCGAGCUAGAAGCCAUGAGGAGAGUUGAAGAAGAGUUUCAACGCAAGCGUGCGAGGGAGAAAGCCAAUAUCAGGCAGCAGCUGCGGUUGGUUACCAGUGGUGCCAACUGCAGUGACCCAAUCAAAAGCCAGCACAACAAAUCGCGUGAUGACCCAGAUGGGUCGUGUCGGGAGUCCCCAGCGCUCGAGCGUACCAGAGACAAGCAGAGACACAGCAACGCUUCAUCCGAGAUCAGCGGACGAAGCAAGAGCUCUACACCGAUUCGCAGUGUGGAACUGAGCGAAUGGCGCGUGGAAAAUAGCACGCGCGUGUACCGCGACUGGACGGGCACGAGCGGAGCGGUGAGCGGAGCGGGCGGGGCAGCGGGAGCGGGCAAGCAGCACCCUGCCGCCUGCGCGAGGAUGCCGAUGUCGACCAGCAUGCAAUACGGUGUUGAGGGGUCCUUCAGCGGCAGCCCUCGCUCAGACAACUACCGGCUGGAGUUCGUCCGCGGCCGUUCACCCCGCACACCGCGGCCGCCGCGUCUCCUCACCGCCACCAGGUCCCCUUCAUCAUCAGGCUCCGAGCUCUCGCUGCGGCAACCGAUCAAGAUCAGGUGGUGAUUGUAACGUGUAGUGGCUUAAUAACUAACUGCCUUUGCCCAAUUGACAGUGAAACGAUGAAAGAGGAAGUUGAAGAGGCUGCGAUAGUCCCCACGCUGCGACCCUCCAGACCAGCUCGUUCUUCAGUCGCCAUACGAUGAUCACCCCAUCAUUCCACAUCUUCAUUUGAACUCAUAUAUUUUCCAGCUGUGCCUGUACACUUUUUCUCACAACACCACAACAAUACCGCGAAAAUACUAACAGUAAUACUAAUAGCCAAAAUAUUAUAAAUUAUUGACAGUCGCAACAGUAUACAAGAAUAUCUAGGGUUGUUGAAUUCAAGUUUCAUGUAAAAGAAUGACAGGGACAGCCCUGAAAACAAAUCAGAUAGUUUGGUUUCUUAGUUUAUUAUAAAUUGUAGCAUAUAAUAGGUACAGUGUAUUCUAAAAAGUUACAUGGCAUCAUCAUAUAGGUACUUAAAGAUAACUGUAAAAAAAAUCUUUUGAAUAUUCUCUACACUGUAACAACCCACAGUGACAAAUAAGACACGACCUAAUGAGGAGGUGCUGUCUCUUUAUAAUAUGGUAUUUCUUAGGGUCUGGUACCCUACUACGGAAACAAUAUUUGCUGCAAACAUUUUGAUGUAAUAAAAAUAUAAUCUGCUUUUAAUUAUUGUUAUAUAUUAUAUUUCUUUCAUGUAAGUAGGCCAACAGAUGUCGUUAGUGUAUGUAUGUAAAACAAGUUUUAAAAGCAUCGUUUUCAAAUGUAAUUGGGCAAACACUCAAUGCAAUAUAACUGUAUUCCAUUCAAAUAAAGCUUUAACAUUAGAUCUACUUAUCAAAGGUGCUAAGAAUAUAUUUAAAAAUAAGAUUUUUUUGUAAAUUAUCAGAUUAAAUAUAGGAUUACUUAUGAGUUAAGCUUUUUCUGUUGAUAACAUUCUUCUACGUAUGAGAUUGAAACAAUUUAAAAUAAAAGCGUCCUUUCGAAAGACGUAUUAAUGAAUUUAAAUAUUAAAUGUAUUUUUGGGGAACAACCCUGCUAGGUUAAGAUUAACAUCAUACCCUAAACAUAUUCACAACUUAAACAAAAUAUAUUUUAUAACCAAUUUGAAUGUGGUAAAGAGAUAACUAUUUUUAGAGAUUAUUUUAAGGUUGUUGGUAUAUAUUAUAUACAAGCAUAAUAAGUCUGUACGACUUAGCAUAUUGAAAAUUAAAAUAACUUAUGUAGAAAUAAAUUCAUAGUUAAAAACUUCCAAAUAUAAUUGCAAGAAUUCGAUAAAUAAAUUGAAAUAAAUAUCUUGUUUCUGUAUAGUUCAUUAUAAUCAUAUACAAUCUUAAUAGCUACAAAUUUAUAGCUCACCUUGUGUCAAUACAUUUAAUUUGCUGACAAUACUAACCUUUUUCAAAUUAACAACAUAACUUUUUUAGACAGCUGAUUUAAUAGGAGCCAUAUUAUAUAUGGGGGUGAAAUAACAAUCAUAUAUUAAUCUUAAUUAGUACCUAAUAUAUUGAGAUGUGUCUACCGAUAGUUUCGGUAGUAGUGUGUGUUGUAAAAUUAAAAUGUCUUCAGGGCAUGCCUAGUAUGUCGUCAGUCAGUAACUGGGUUACCAGUGCACUGACCACGCGAGCCAAUUAUACUAAUCAAUAUUACUUAACAAACACACUUCAUACUAUUCUAGUUCUCAUAUUCUGUUGACAUUUAAUGAUCACAUCAUUUGGCAUAUUAUUUGGCUAACUACAAACUACUUCUAUAUUUAAAUUAUGUCUUCCUUUAGUUAUCGUAACUGUAAAUAUAUUUUUUAACUCUAUUUCCUUAUAAAAAUAUGAGUGUUUUUAUAUGUCUUCGAAGUAGCUAUUCUAAAGUUAUUCAUAUAUUUAUUACUUCGAUUCAUUGUCAAUAAAGAGAAUUUAGUACAGUUGUUAAUUACUUAAGAAUAUAAAAAUAUAUUGCAUUAAAAUUUACAAAACAAAAUAUUAUACUUUAUCGAUAAUGCUCCGGUACCAAUUUCUUUAAGACUGUGUGUUUAGAUAUUAAGUUGUACACCAUUUUAUACCAACUAAUAUAAUAUGUAAAGCUCAAGAUCUAAGUAUAUUAUAAGUUAACCGUAGUAGUUAAGUUAAUCUUGUGAAUAGAAAUGGCUUGUAUAUAGCUGUAUAAGAAAAUUUAUCAGAAAUAUAUACUUAUUUACAUA